AUGAAUGUACUAGGUCGUUUUUUCAAGCCUGUUUUACCCCGGAUGGGAGGGUUUGCAUCUAAUAAUUUCGGUCAACUGAAUAGGACGUUUGCAACUACGAAAAUUACCUUACAGAAGCCGCAGAAGUUCGAUACCACCCGUUUGAAACUCUCCAACGAGCUCUACGCCAUAUUUCGCAUCCACAACCGGCCUUACCUGGUAACAAAGGGUGACAAAGUCAUAUUACCGUUCAAAAUGAAGCAGGCCGAAGUUGGCGAUGUUUUGAACCUGAACGACGUCACUACCAUCGGCAGUCGGAAUUUCAAGAUUGUCGAUAACCCACUCGAUCCCUCACUGUAUCAGCUGAAGGCUACAGUGCUGGAAAAGACCAAACGUCCCAUGCGGAUCAGGGAAGUCACUAAGCGCAGAAACCGGAAGGUUCGCCAUGCCAUUAGCAAACCGGAUCUCACGGUGCUUAGAGUUUCUGAGCUUCUAGUCACAGAUACAGCUGCAAAUGACAAUUAG